GCCGGGAAUGCGGGCUUCACCGACUGCUUAAGUAAGAGCUAACCUUUACAUAUAUAUUAAGAAGACAAAAAAAACUUAAGCUACUUGAACCCGGGUCGAAUGGCAUUUUUUUCUACCGCUCACUCGAGCAUCUUAAAUUGAUGUUUUUUUGAAUUUUGGACUGACUUUUAUCAGUGAGAGUAAGCUAGGUGUUAAGGAACAGACGUUGGAAGUUAACGGUCGUCUGUUUAUAAAGUCGCGAAGUGGGCUUAACCGAAGUGGACCUCUCCACCGGAAGCCUCAUAAACACCCCUCCGUCCUGAAGCGGAGCAGAGGAAGCUGAGCAGCCGGCGACGUGGAGAGUAAAGCCAAAGGAGAGCGGAGAAGUGAAGGAGAAGGUUCAAGUCACCAAGCUGAGCUACCUGUCUGCCUGCCUGCCCGUCUGUCUGUGUCAUGGGGAAACAGAACAGCAAGCUGCGGCCCGAGGUCCUCAACGACCUGAGAGAAAACACUGAGUUCUCCGACCAUGAGCUACAGGAGUGGUACCGCGGCUUCCUCAAGGACUGUCCCACAGGUCACCUGACCGUGGAGGAGUUCAAGAAGAUCUAUGCCAACUUCUUCCCAUACGGAGACGCCUCUAAGUUUGCCGAGCAUGUCUUCCGCACCUUUGACACCAACGGUGAUGCUACCAUUGAUUUCAGGGAGUUCAUCAUUGCCCUGAGUGUGACAUCCCGUGGCGGCCUGGAGCAGAAGCUGCGCUGGGCCUUCAGCAUGUAUGACCUGGAUGGAAAUGGGUACAUCAGCCGGGCUGAGAUGCUGGAGAUAGUCCAGGCAAUUUAUAAGAUGGUGUCAUCUGUGAUGAAGAUGCCUGAGGAUGAAUCAACACCAGAGAAACGGACAGACAAGAUCUUCAAACAGAUGGACAUCGACAACGAUGGCCGGCUGUCUCUGGAGGAGUUCAUUAAAGGUGCCAAGAGUGACCCGUCUAUUGUCAGGCUGCUGCAGUCAGAUCAGGGAACCUCGCGCCAGUUCUGAGGACCAGAGACAAUGACAGAUACACACUACAACACACACACACACACAUCCAAGCAGCAUAAGGUGUUCACUUGAUAGAGGCUCAGUCAUCGUUACAUCCUUACCAGACAACCAUCUGAUCCUUUACUUUCAUGUCACUCCAUGUCUUAAUGUUUACAUUACUGAAUACUUUUCCUUGUUGUCUUGAUGUGGCUCCCUUUUCUAUCUAUUCUAUUGUUUAGUGAACUAUGUGCUCUUUAAUUAAGAUUUUAUGUGUAUAUACUUUUCUCUGGAAUGUUCUUCCCUUUAGAUUGUUUUUACCUGCUUUUGUGAAGUGCCAUAUCAUGUAUUUGUACUGAUUGGACUAUAUACACGUGCAAGUAUUAUGACUCUUCCUUAUAUGUUACACUUAGAGGAAAUUAAUUAAACCAACAGUACUUGAUAAAAUUCUAAUUUCAUGAGUCCUGAUCACGUUGCAGAAAAAUUGGCUUAUUGUUCAGGAUAUCUGCAGUAACGUAAGUCACAGAAAGUGUCAGCUGCUAUUCGGAACAAGCUCUGUAUGCCUUUGGUAUUGCAUGCGCUCUGUGAUCUGCAUAUUUAAUGAUAUUGUAACAGUUUACAUGAAUAAGAAGGCAGUGAUUAAUUGUUUUUAUUCCUUUUUAUUUUUGUAACAAAAAUGUCAUUUUGUUUCCACACAAUUGAAAUAAAGUCGUGUAAGAAAAAUCUA